UCUUUCGGGAAAACCCCGUCUCCAAGAUCCAAUUAGCAUCCAUCUUCUUGCUGACUGCAAUUUAAAUCGCUCGUUGUACCCGCGCCAUGGCGAUUUCAUGACAACAAGCGCCGAUCCAGCCGGCAGCCUGCGUGCAGAGUCCCUCCCUGUUCACCCGUUUAGCUUACUUACUCUAAUGCAAGGCCCGCAUUUCUCCCCCUCUUCAGUUAUCGUAGACCCGAGGUCUCGAUGGGGCGUCGGCGGGGCGUCGUUGGACUUUUUAAGGCAUGAUAUAUGGGGAGGUGGUGCCCGAUGCUCGGCGACGAAUUUUAGUGAUUGUCGAGUUUGGAUAGCGAGAUGCCGGCUCCCGUAGGGACACUCGUUCAUGAGCUGGGCCAUGACUGGCUGGGCAAGGCGGAUAUUGCUGUGCAGACGAUUUUGCUCGCAAUAAGCUUUGUUGUAGUUGGGUUACGGUUGUGGUCUCGUCGAUUACAAGGAACUUCUUGGCAAGGGAAUGACUGGUUGAUAGUUACGGCGACGAUCUUCAUGGUCGGCCGUUAUAGUGUGGAGCUCGUCUUGAUCUUACUUUGUGGAAUGGGCUUGCAUGCAGCAGAGGUUGCGAGUAUCGGUAGCCCCGAUCUCCUCGUCCAGUUCGACCAGCUCACAUACGCUGGUGACCUUCUCUGGAUCACGAUACUUGCCUUGGUGCAGCUGUCAAUUCUACAUUAUUACCUCCGCAGAUUCCCACAUCGAAAUAUCAUGUGGCCAACUUACACCACCAUGGGCCUGUGUACUGCCCUGUGGAUUGCAAGCACAUUUGCAACCGCAUUCUUCUGCACCCCACCGAAGAAGAUCUGGCUGUCCGACGUGCAAGGCCAUUGUGGUAACCGCAAAAUGCUGUAUUUGGGCUCUUCCGUGGCCGAGGUGAUUCUCCACGGAGUGAUUCUUCUGCUUCCAAUUCCCGUUAUACGGGACAUGAUACUUUCUCGAGCAAGAAAGCUUGCUCUAGGCUGCAUAUACGCCCUUGGAAUUGUUAUCAUCGUUGUUUCUGCAGUCCGAAUCAAAGUCCACUUCGACCUUGACCCGGAGGAUCCAACAUACGGUUCAGCGCGAAACUCCCUUCUUACAUGUGUCAUACCUCUUUUGGGUCUUAUCGCCGCGUGUUUACCAAUACUACCACCUGCAAUUCAGAGAGUCUGCGGAACGUCAGUAUUCUCAUCAACAGCGGACGGUAUUUCUACUAGUCCAGUAUCGCCAGGGUACUGGAAGACUACGGUCUUGUCGAAAGGACAGAUGGAAGAACUCGCGAUACCAUUGGUCACUGUCACAAUGCCUCCGAUGGCAAAAAAGCUGAGUGAGCUGGCUCACGGGCAGAUCAAAAUUACUUCACACUGGGAGAUUCAUUCGGCACGUAAUUCGGCGCGACUGGAACGCGAUUCUAUACGUCGAGUAUGAUUAAAAGAUAUAGUCCCUGAGGAAAUUUGAAUAAAUCGGACAAUUGCUGUUGAGAAUCAAAGCAUUAC